UACACACAGACACAUGUACAUAUAUACACAGACACAUGUACAUACAUACACAGACACAUGUACACACACACAUACGCAUGUACAUACACGCAGACACAUGUACAGAUCCACACACGUAUACACACACAUACAAAUACACACACACACACACCCCUAAAAAAGGUUGCAGUAUUUCGUUACAUUCACUCACAGAGCCAGGUACUGCACUCUAGGGGGAGGCAGAGAGCACAGCACACUCCUUCCUUUGCUCUCACUUUGCUCAACUAUUGAGCAGUCUGACCGCUCCCAGUGCGAGUGACAGAUCCGGCCACAAGUUCCGAGCCUGCUCAGCAAGACGGCCUUGGGGACACACUCGCCCCCCACCAUAAUUUCCACUCACCAAUGCGAGCAGGCGAGUGGAAAUUUCAAGGCCUGGCCACACUCAUAGCUAU